CUGCAAGCUGAAGUUUAAAUGUAAACAAACGACUGCAGUUUUCUAUCAGCCCUCAGUCUGUUCAUUGGCGAGUAACACACGCGCAGAAGGAAUGGUUCAAAGUUCCUGUCCCAUUUAGUCCCCUCUCUCGCCUCGCUUCCUUAAGUGCCGGCUCUCGUCCCUCUCCGUAGGUCCUCCGGGGUGUCGGCAGUCCAUACCCGUUUCCCAUUGAAAAUGUGUGGUGCUUUAUGAAGCGCAAACUGUUGAGCAACUGAAGUUGUAUAUCACGCAAGAAUGUGAAAGAAUUCCAUCUACAGUGGAGUUGGAGUGGGACCUGUACAAGAACAUCUAUGGCCAGCACCUCGCCCAGGAUAUGGUCUCCGAGGAGGUGGACCGCUUCCUCGCCGACAAAACACCUGAGAGGCCGCUGGUGCUCUCGCUGCACGGCUCGUCAGGCACGGGCAAGACGCUGGUCACUGGCAUGCUUACGCGGUACCUGUACGGCUCGGCCAUGAGCAGCCCCUUCGUCCACCAAUUCAUCCCCACGCUGCACUUCCCUGUAGACGGACACGUGGAGUUGCAACGGGAGCAGCUGAAGUCUUGGGUCCAGGGCAAUGUGACUGAGUGUUCUCGCUCUGUCUUCAUCUUCGACGAGAUGGAGAGAAUGGCGCCAGGGCUGGUGGAUGUUCUGGAGCCACUCCUGGGAUCCUCCCACGUGGUCUUCCGCACCAACUACCGCAAGGCCAUUUACGUCUUUGUCAGUACUGCAGGUGCGGAGGUGAUCAACAAGGCGGCCCUGGAGCAGCGUGAAGCCGGGUUGGACCGAGAGGAGAUGACUUCGGCCGAGCUGCAGGACGCCAUCGCUGAGGCCGUCUACGACAACCCAACCAAUGGUCUCUACAACUCGUCCAUCAUUCGUCAGAAAUUGGUGACCGCCUUCGUGCCCUUCCUCCCGCUGUGCCGCCACCAUGUGGAGCAAUGCGUGCGGGCGCAGCUGUGCCAGCGCGGCGCAUGUGGGCGCGACGACGUGGCACGGGCCGUGGCGGCUGACAUGACGUACGAGCCUUCGCCGGGGCACUACUUUUCCACCAGCGGAUGCAAAAACGUGGCCGCCAAAAUCAACCUGUUCUUGUGAGGGGCCAGCAGGUACUGCAGUGGUUUGGAGUACUGUGUUGCCCUGGUGACUCCCAUUUUUAUUUUUAUUUUUAUUUUAAAUAUGUCAGCAGCAAACCUCACAAACAGAACUACUAAAAGGGAAAGCGGACAUUUUUUAGUAUUUAUUUGUGAGAAAAUGUGACUGGACGCAGGAAGUCCCAAAUGUUCUCACGUCGACAACCAGAAGGAUUUUUUUAAAAAGCAAAAGAAAAUAUUUUUCGCCAUUAGCCUUUUUUUUGUUGUUUUUUUUGUUUUUGUGGGGGAGGUUUGUAUAUCCCUGCUCCUGCCGACAGGUGGUGCUAAAGAGCGCCUGUGGCGCAAAUGUUUAUGCAGAUACAGAUAUCCAUCCAUCCAUCCAUUUUCCAUACUGCUUAUCCUCACUAGGGUCGUGGGUGUGCCGGAGCCCAUCCCAGCUGACUCCGGGCGAGAGGCGGGGUACACCAUGAACUGCUCGCCACCCAAUUGCAGGGCGCGGGGAGAACAUGUAAACUCCACACAGGCGAGGCGGGAUUUGAACCUGAGUCCUCAGAACUGUGAGGCAGAUGUGCUAACCAGUCGGUCGCCGUGCCGCCUACCAUGCUUUAAUCCUUCUACAGCAUCCUGUAUUAUGUAGAAUAUGUAAUUUAUUUUAAAUUAUGCAACUAAUAUGUCAAAUCUCAUCAUGUGGACACUUCUUUAAGUAAACUAUGUAAUGACAUCCAAUGCAAAAGAAAAACAAAAAAAGGUGCCUUUACAAAGACGCUGUUCAAUUAUUAUUAUUUUUUUAAUCAGUUGUGAUGUGUAUUGUACUGUAUCACACUGAUUGCAGCUCGAAAGAAAGUGUUCAUAAACGCAUACUUGCGUAUUUCCUGUGAGUGAGGAGGGUGGGUUGGCGUGCUGAGGCGCAAGCUGGUGUCCUUGAAACGCUUAGAAACGUUUUAAUUUCAGGCCACCAGAUGGUGCUGUUUUGACAAAAUAGAAAAUUGCAAUCUCAAUAAACUUUUGUCAUUUU